AUGAAAUCAGGGGAUUCUUCAAAUGAGUCUCUGUUCCGUGGACGAACUGGAAAAAGUACCUGUCCUGGGCUUGGCCUGUUCUAUGCACUGUUGUCUGCUUUCCUCCUCUCAGUGGUUUCUUUAUUUCUGAAGAUAAUUGAAGAUGUGCAUUCAGUGGAAGCCAGUGCUUUUAGAUGUAUUUUUCAAAUAAUAUUUGUUCUUCCCGGUUUAAUAUACCACAAGACAGGAUUUCUGGGACCAAAAGACAAAAGAGUUUUUCUUUUCUUUCGAGGAUUCCUUGGCUCUUGUGGAAUGAUUCUUCUCUAUUAUGCUUUCCAAGUGAUGCCCCUUGCUGAUGCUACAGUUAUUACUUUCAGCAGUCCAGCUUUUACAACCAUAUUUGCCUGGAUAUUUCUAAAAGAGAAAUGCAAUAUUUGGGAUCUUUUUUUCAUACUACUCACAAUCACUGGAGUUGUGCUUGUUGCAAGGCCGACUUUUUUGUUUGGAUCCACAGUAAUUGUAGGAAACCACGUGGAUCAUCUUAAAGGGACAAUAGUUGCUCUUAUAAGUGCAAUAUGUGCUUCUUCAGCUUUUGUUAUAUUAAGAAAGGUGGGGAAAUCAGUACACUACUUUUUAACCAUUUGGUAUUAUGCAACAAUUGGAUUAAUAAUAUGCAUAAUAACCCUUUUUGUGCUAGAUGCAUGGAGUUUACCUUAUUGUGGCAGAGAUAGGUUUCUCUUAAUAUUAAUUGGACUGUUUGGGUUGGGUGGUCAAGUAUUUAUCACAAAAGCUUUACAGAUAGAGAAAGCAGGACCUGUUGCUGUAAUGAAAACAAUGUCUGUUGUGUUUGCUUUUAUUUUUCAGAUUAUCUUCCUCAAUGAUUUGCCCACUUGGUGGUCAUUUGGGGGUGCUCUUUGUGUAGUUGCUAGCAGCUUUGGGACUGUUAUUUGGAAAUGGAAACAAAGCAAAAAACCACAAACAUAAAGAAUGAAAUCUGACCAGGUGGCUAUUGUGCCAUUGCUGGAAUAGAACAGAUAUAUUAUUUAUUUUAAAUUAUUUAUCUUUGUCAUCAAAGUCUCUUUCAAUAACAACAAUCUAUCAGCAGAA